AUGGACUCGUCAAAGAGGCAACGACCUGAGAAAGGAUACUAUUCCUACCUCCAUAAUAUAAGCUCGGCUGACAUGGACUUAUCUAGCAUGCGGGAAGCACGAGAUGUGAGAACCACUCUGAGCUGUAAGUCUGAUGACAGUCUGCCAGAAGGGGUCUUCCUUGUUGAGAGGAUAAUUCAUCAUCGACUAACUAAGGGGAAAACGGAGUAUUUGGUAAAGUGGGCUGGUUACUCAUUGGAACAGUCUUCAUGGGUCGCUAAGGAAGAUGUGACUAUCUCUACUAUCCAAUCAUACAAUACACCACAAGCACCACAUACCGAGCUUAUAAGCGACGCAACAAGAAGAUUUGUUCUGUCCAUUCAAUGUAGUUUAAAUUUAGGUACUGUAAAAUCCUGUAAUUUAACUAUAGAUUUCCGGCUAGAUGUAUUUCGUUACCUAUUUAAAGAUCGAGGAACCCAAAUGACCCGCGGAAAGCUCCAACUUCAACAAACUGAUUUUAACGAUGAAUAUUUUAUAGGUAGUUGGUAUAUUUUGUAUGAUAGAUAUGGCAAUGGCUGCACAGUAGAUUUUCCUAUUGUAGUAUGUCCUAGAAUUAAGUAUGGACCGAAAACAUAUAGAAAUAGCAAUGGUGAAAUGUUAGAGUCACCUAGACUACUAUCUGAAAUUGUAUGUGUAAAUCUGGUGAAAAAACGUUGUUGAUCAUUG